GGAGCAUCAUAACCAACGAUCCACGUGAAGAGCGGCAGGCAAUUCGCGCUUACAUGCUCCCGCUACUCCAAAAGCGGUUCUAGACUUGUCAACGUCAUUUCUCAGGCCCAGGGGAUGCAGAAAGUGUGGCCAUCUGGUCUCUAACUAAAAACGGUGGAAGCCAAAUCCCCCCACAUCUUCUACCUACCUCAUCAUCGCUACCAUCCCCCUAUCUACGCCAGUGUUUACCUUACCUCCCAAUGUGUGCAUUCCUUGACCACAAGUCGACAUUCAUUACCACCGGUUGACUCCGCUGCAUUCCUUGGCCAAUCCGUCCCCUCCUCCGAUUUCGAGUCCGCAACCUAGAUCCACCUGAACGCUCGUCAAGUACUAGCAGUUAUAGAUCGUGAGCUCCCUAGUCAUGUCUGACACGGGGGAAAGUUCGCAUCGGCGAACGAAAUCCUCCGCUUUGUCCUUGCUAAGGCGAAAAGGGGUCGACGAGGACGUGUCCUCCAGCGAGGAGGUCACUUCGAGCGCCGUCUUUAGCAAUUCCACCUUGACCUCGGCUACCGCAACUGCGACCUCUCAGUCAUCCCUUGCCACGCCUCAUCCGCAGUCGGUCAAAAGUCACAGCUCGAAGCUGUCUGUUUCUGGGGGCAUCGUCGGCCGAACACCCUCGUAUGCCGCCCCCUCGAUUAGCAGUGUCAAGUCCGCCGACCGGUUAGACAAAGGAACCUCGUUAGAAUCUUCCAUCAAAAAAUUCCGCAUUGUCGAAGCGCUGCGUAACGGCGACACCGCAUUCAUCUCCAAGGCGAUUCGAGAGAAUGCCGAAAACGCCCCCCGCAUCAGCACCUCGUCAUUUUCGACCCAAGCCGGCGUCCUCGAAGACACUACGAUUUUGCACCUUGCCAUUCAGUGCGCUGAGCAGCCCGUGGUCGAAUACGUUCUCUCUGACGGAGCCGGCUCGCUCGAUAUAAAUGCGCGCGACAAGGAUGGCAAUACCCCUCUGCAUAUUGCGGCGGCCCAAGGGAGGAGCCAGGUUGUUCGUCUCCUCCUUGAGAACAAAGAGAUCAACGACGCCAUCGCCAAUCACCAGGGCCGCUUGCCCAUCGAUCUCGCACGGAACCCAGAAAUAUUCCAGCAGCUGCAGCUCUCAAGAUCCCUGUUCGCCGAAAACAAGGUUCGGCAGGUCCAGGAUCUCAUUCUCCAUGGCGAGCUCAAGGUCUUGGAGCAGGUGUUGGAGGAGCCGCGAUUCAAGACUGUGCUGGAUAUCAACAGCACCGAGUUUGCUUCGGACCCCACCACAGUCCAGUCCGGUGGCACGCUUCUGCACGAGGCGGCGCGCCGAAAGAAUACCCGAUUGAUUCAGGUUUUGCUGCUGCACGGGGCCGACCCCUUCCGCCGGGAUCGCAAGGGCAAACUGCCGCAAGACGUGACAAAGGACGAAAUUACCCGCGCAAUGUUGAAAAAGUCACCCGCCGCCGUGGCGGCUCAGAGAGGCAUACAAGAGAAAGCCGUCCUAGGUUCAACCACCCAAGGAGCAACUACAGCGACGCCUGGCGAUCCACUCGCCGGGCGGGAGGCACGAGAAAUGAAGGGCUACCUCAAGAAAUGGACCAAUUAUCGGAAAGGGUACCAGCUGCGCUGGUUCGUCCUGGAAGACGGCGUGUUGAGCUACUAUAAGCAUCAAGACGAUGCUGGGUCUGCUUGCCGCGGCGCCAUCAACAUGCGCAUCGCCAAGUUAAAUAUGAGCCCCGACGAGAAGACCAAGUUCGAGAUCAUUGGCAAAUCCUCCGUCAAGUACACACUCAAAGCGAACCACGAGGUGGAGGCAAAGCGCUGGUUCUGGGCGCUCAACAAUUCGAUACAGUGGACCAAGGACCAGGCCAAGGAGGAGGAACGGCAACGUGCACGAAACGCGGAGCUGCUGAAGCAGGCAAAGGCUGAGCACUCCCACAACGUCUCAGAGCCACCAAGCGAUAACGCGAGCGUCGCCGAGCCCUCGCGCAACAGUAUUCAGCUUGCACGGAUGCAUUCCUCCAGAAUGUCCACAAAGGGCGCUACUCCAGGGGCCAGCGCAGUCGGAAGCAACGACGAGGAUGACUUUGCAGACGCGGCCACGGAAGCCGACAAGACUGAUCGCCACGGCGGGACUGUUGGUGACGAGGUGGAUGACGACGACGAUUUUGGAGAAGGGUCGAGUGGACAGGAUACUCCACCCGCGAAUAAAGAUGCUUUCAACAUCACGGCUCAGUCGGCCAAGUUACAGCUCGACACCAUGGCCAACGUCACAGCAGCACUGAUCCUCGAGUCGUCCAAGAAUCCUGCGCUCACCUUAUCGGAUCCCAAAACUACUCAGGCCCUCUCGACGUACGACGCCGCCAUCCGCUCCCUAACCGUCCUCAUUGGGGACCUCCUCCGCAUUUCCCGAGAUCGCGAUGCAUACUGGCAAUACCGUCUCGACCGUGAGAGCGAGAUGCGGCGAAUGUGGGAGGAGAGCAUGGCCCAGGUUGCCAAGGAGCAGGAGGCGCUGGAAGCUCGGGUCGGCGAGGCUGAGCUGAAACGGCGGAUGACGAAACGGCUUCUCAAGGAAGCGGUGGAGAACGGUAUCCUCGACGGCAAGGAGCCCGCUGUUGCGGCUGCAGCUGAAGGACAGGAGGAAGUCAAAGAAGGGGCCGGAGCCGAGGUUGCCGCAGGCGCCAAGUCGCCCGAUCUCACCUUGUCUCGCCGCCAGACGGUUAUUACUCAAAUUGCGGAUAUCUCAGACUCCGAGUCGGACGAGGAGGAGUUCUUUGAUGCCGUUGAUGCGGGCCAGGUUGAAGUGUCCGAGCUGCCGCCGUCUGAGGUUACCGCUCCAGACGAAGAGAAAAGAUUGAUUGUGUCAGUUGGCUUUGACAUUAGUAGCUCGUUCAAGGGUUACGAGAACGGCAUUCGCACACGGUUAAAGCUGGACGCGGAUAACAGGCCAAAGAUUUCGCUUUGGGGUAUCUUGAAGUCCAUGGUUGGAAAGGACAUGACAAAGAUGACUUUGCCGGUGUCCUUCAAUGAACCCACUUCUCUGCUCUACCGUUGCGCCGAGGACAUGGAAUAUGCAGAUCUCUUAGAUCUCGCGGCGGACAGGACAGAUUCGAUCGAGCGUCUGCUGUAUGUCGCCGCGUUUGCUGCCAGCGAAUAUGCAUCAACCAUCGGACGUGUCGCCAAGCCGUUCAACCCCUUGCUAGGCGAAACCUUCGAGUACGUCAGACCAGAUAAGAAUUACCGCUUCUUCAUUGAGCAGGUCAGCCAUCACCCUCCCAUCGGCGCAGCGUGGGCCGAGUCACCGAAGUGGACGUACUACGGGGAGUCGGCCGUUAAAUCCAAGUUCUACGGCCGGUCCUUUGACAUUAACCCGCUCGGCACCUGGUUCCUCAAACUCCGGCCGACCCAUGGCGGAAAGGAAGACUUUUUCACCUGGAAAAAGGUCACAUCCUCGGUGGUCGGCAUCAUCACAGGAAACCCGGUCGUGGACAACUACGGUCCCAUGGAAAUCAAAAACUGGACCACGGGCGAGGUAUGCCACCUUGAGUUCAAGCCACGUGGCUGGAAAGCCUCGAGCGCCUACCAAAUCUCGGGCAAAGUAGUCGACGCAAACGGGCGCGUGCGCCUCAGCAUAGGCGGGCGGUGGAAUUCGAGAUUGUACGCGCGCGUGACGCCGGGCUACGAGGCUACGGUCGAGGAGCCAGCCGGCGCCCCGGCCGACGGCGACUUGGUUCACCGCGGGAAUUUCAACGACCCCAGCAAGGCCUUCCUCAUCUGGCAGGCCAACCCGCGCCCGGAGGGUAUCCCGUUCAACCUCACUCCCUUUGUCCUGUCAUUUAACCACCUCGACGACAACCUGCGGCCGUGGCUGGCGCCAACAGACUCGCGCUUCCGGCCUGACCAAAGGGCGAUGGAGGAGGGCGAGUACGACUUUGCCGCAACCGAGAAGAACCGGCUCGAGGAGGCGCAGCGCGCCCGGAGGAGGGAGAGGGAGGCCAAGGGCGAAGAGUUUGUCCCCGCUUGGUUUACAAAGGCCAGGUGUGAGAUUACAGGGGAGGAGUACUGGAAGUUUAACGGAGAGUAUUGGGAGAGGAGGAAGCGGGCGGGUCCGAACGGGGAUCCCUCGGUCUGGGACGGAUUGGAGCAGAUUUUUUGAGGGAGGGAGCGGGGAACGAAGGGGAAGAUGUUGCGGGAGGCUGUUUACAUGAAUGGAAAGGAGUGGGGCUAAAGUGAGUGUCUCGUGGUUAUUACUACCCUGGUUGUAGCAAGCAAGCCUUGGUUCUGUUAUGGUUGCCCUAGAAGACAUACCUUGUUUGCCGACCUAAUAAAUGAUGGCGAUGGAGACAUGUCAUUUCUGGAUAGAGUUCGAUUGAUGUUUCCAUGACUUGUGAUGAGUGAUCAAUGGACUCGAGUAACCUGGAAUGGAGUUGGCUG